CAGAACUUCAGGACCAAAGGUUCCGCCUUAACCGUUGGUCGGAAUUAUUUUGUUGAAGGACCGGUGCGAGAUCCUGAUCCUAACGUGCUCAUCAGAGUGGGGAUGAAAAGUUAAAAUUAAAGGCAUUUAAAAACAAGAAGACAUGGUUUCACGGAGCUACGGCGCUUGUGUGCUCUGCCACAGGGCGGUGGUCGUGAGGAUGAUGUGCAGGGGAAUGAGUACAGCUGCACACCCGCAGUCCCAGCUAGAUUUCUUAAAAGGAGAACCACACAGGAAGCACCCAGGUGUGACCAACCUGAAAACUCUGCGCCUACCUGACGAACUCCAGACGGCUGCACGGUCGAUUAUUCACAGAGCUCAGGUGACUCGGCUGACUGACCGCGCUCAUAGCCUCACAAACUUCCUGUGGAGCAGAAAACGAGCGGUCGAGGACUCGACUCUGAGGAAGAAAGCUGUGAGCCUGGAAAAAGAACUUUGGGAGAAAGCGAUGGAGAAGAGAGGAGAUAUAGAUGAACAAUUGCUGGAAGACCGCAUCAGGAAGAAAGUGAUUUCAGAGCUCAAAAGAACCACAUAUCACUGGACUCCCAUGAAGUAUGAUGAAGAUUUAGGUGUGGUGUACAUGGCGGCUCGGCUGGCUGGGGGCUAUGCAGCAGUGAGGAGAGCUAUAAAUGAGAUAAAGAAGAGGGAUCCCUCUUUUGCCCCUCAGUCUCUCCUGGAUUUUGGAUCAGGGCUGGGAACAGUUGCCUGGGCGUCACACUCGUGCUGGGGCGACACUUUGAAGGAGAUGGUGUGCGUGGACAGCUCUGGGCCGAUGAACAUCCUGGCAGAACGGCUUCUCAAAGGUGAUGACGAAAGAGCUGAACCUCACAUCAAACAAGUCUAUUUCAGACAGUUCCUCCCUGUCUCUCCUAAGGUGCAGUUCGACUUGGUGGCAGCAGCCUUCACCCUGUCAGAGCUUCUAAAUGUGAAGGAUCGAGAAGAGGCGGUGUUAACUCUGUGGAGAAAGACAAGCUCGUACCUGGUUCUGGUGGAAAAUGGGACUAAAGAGGGCCAUCAGAUACUUAUGGAGGCCAGAGACACUUUAUUAAAGAAACAAGAGAAGACUGUCCAUGACACCAGACCAGCGUCAGUGUUUGCUCCGUGUCCUCAUAAACAGAAAUGUCCUAAACUGGCCCAAGAGACGACCACACCCUGCAACUUCCAGCAGAAGUACCAACCUCUGCCUCUGGCCGGGCAUAACGACCGGCAGACGGAGAAGUUCAGCUACCUGAUUAUGACUCGGACAGAACCAGCAGAGGCAGAAGCAGAAGGUGUGGACUGGGCCCGGCUGAUCGCACCGGUGCAAAGCAGAACAAGACACGUCCACUGUCGAAUGUGCUGCCCUGAUGGACAACUGCAACACAUGGUGGUGACGGCACGAAAACACAGCAGAGAUGUGUACCGCUGUGCCCGGAGCAGCGACUGGGGAGAUCAAGUGCCAAUCAUUCAGAGAGUCGACGACGACGACGACGUCCAGAGUGAUUCAGAGUGAUGAUUCAGCGACGAAGAUAACACAUUCUUUAUACGUAACACCCUAAAACUGAGAUAAGACUGCCGACCAAGGAUUCUUCAGCUUUUAGUUGAACAGAACAUCUGAGUUUCCUUCCUGGAUUUGUUAAAAUACUGACUCAUCUGACAACCUCUUAUAACCUCAAUAAAAAGGCACAACAUAA